AAAAAAUGGACACGCCCAAACCGGCCGCCGCCCCCACCCUGGUGAUCCCCGGCCAGCUGCUCGGCCCCGCCUCGCGCUUCCUCCCCGGCCCGGGCACGCAUCUGCACGAGUCCAACCUCUACUCCUCGCUGCUAGGGCAGGUGCACAUCACCCAGCCGGCGCGGCGGCCCGCGCCCGCGCAGCCCGGCCCCGCCAAGCGCCUGACCAAGAUCACGCCCGCGCCGGCGCCGGCGCCGGCCGAGCUGCCGACCAUCUCCGUCGCGCCGGCGCGCGCGGCCGGCGCUGGCGCUGGCGCUGGUGCUGGGAAGAGGAGGGAGGUGCUGCCCGAGGUGGGGAAUAUCGUGCUGUGCCGCGUGAUACGGAUCACGCCGCGGCAGGCGGUGGUGGCGAUCCUGGUGUGCGGGGACUCGGUGCUGGAGGCGGACUGGCAGGGCUUGAUUCGCGUGCAGGACAUCAGGGCGACCGAGAAGGAUCGGGUCAAGGUGUACGAGAGCUUUCGGCCCGGGGAUAUCGUCCGGGCGGAGGUGAUCUCGCUCGGUGACCAGGCGAACUACUACCUGUCGACGGCGCGGAACGAGCUGGGCGUCAUACUGGCGACGAGCGAGGCGGGGAAUACGAUGUAUCCCGUCAGUUGGAAGGAGUUCAGGGAUCCGGAGACGGGGAUGACGGAGCUGAGGAAGGUUGCGAAACCCUAUUGAGCCUCGUCGGCUGGCGCAUGGUAUGGUAUGCAUUGGAAGGCGGGCAUCGCACUACAUCUGUUGGAGGAUCCCGCUGGAGCGAUUGGCGACGGCGCGCCCGUGCGUCUGAGACGGCACCAUCAGCCCAAGCCACGAAGGCUGGGCAAUUGCCUCCGCCGCAGCCAGUCAUGGCUGGGUCUUCUCUGCAGGGAGAUAGAUGGGGAUCCUUCGACGCCAAGGGCCUGGUUACGGGUGUCUUAUCGUCCGCACAUCACGGCAGAUCUUUGUGGUUGCCGUCUGAUUGUUGGGGGCAGAAUAGGACACCCAAGUCCCGCGACUGCAAAGGAGCUGUCUCCGAGAUAGGACGAAACAGCGCCGCAGGUGCUCCGCAUAACCUUACGUGAGCGGCGGUGCCUGGCUCCGUGCAUGGCAAACAUGCACUGACGCCCAAUCUCGGGGAUCAUGGAGCCAGGAGCAGAUCUUCCAAGCCAAUCAACUGGAUGGCAGU